AUGUUGGACAGGCGAUCGGUAGCAGAUAUAUUUCGAAUACAGGUGAUCUCCAACACGGACGUACGAUCUCCCAUAAUUACUCUUGGAUCCACCUCGUUUUUUCACGUUCGUCACGAAAACCUCUACAUUGUCGCGGUCUCAAAAUGCAACGCUAACGCUGCACUAGUGUUUGAGUUCUGCUAUCGACUCGUGAACAUUGGGAAGGUGUACUUUGGGAAGCUGGACGAAGAAGCAGUAAAGAAUAAUUUUGUGCUGGUGUACGAAUUGUUAGAUGAGGUCCUGGAUUUUGGAUAUCCACAGAAUAGUGAAACUGAAACUCUGAAAUUAUACAUCACCACCGAAGGUGUAAAGUCCGAACGUGCCUUAAAAGAGGACUCGUCAAAGAUUACGAUUCAGGCGACGGGCGCAACGGCAUGGCGUAGAUCUGACGUGAAGUAUCGUAAAAAUGAAGCUUUCAUAGAUGUUAUUGAGUCGGUGAAUUUAUUGAUGAGCACCAAAGGUGAGCGAUCUUAUCCUCCAAAUUCGCACACUGUAGUCGUUAUGAUCAAUUAUUCAUCAUUCGUUCCACGACAUCCCUCUUUCCCCCCGAUGGAUGAAUCAAUUAAAGGUACCGUGUUAAGGUCGGAUGUUUCCGGGCAAAUUAUGAUGAGGGCCUACCUUUCGGGAACACCCGAGUGCAAAUUCGGGUUGAACGACAAGUUGUUGCUGGAGAAAGAUGCGGUGAAUAAGGGAACAGAAGAACCAACACCGUUGAAAUCGAUGACUGCCAAUUUCAUCAUGAAGGCAAAUUUUUCGCAAAAACUAUAUGCCAACAAUGUUCUAAUAAGGAUUCCCACGCCUCUCAACACCGCCAAUAUUAAUUUACGCGUUGUCGCCGGCAAGGCAAAAUACGUUCCGGCUGAGAAUGCUAUCAUAUGGAAGAUACCUCGGUUUCAGGGGCAAGCCGAAGUGACACUAUCGGGCGAAGCUGAAUUAUCGGCAAUGACGAUCAAAAAAGCGUGGUCGAGGCCUCCAAUUUCAAUGGAUUUUCAAGUGUUAAUGUUCACAUCCUCGGGAUUGUUGGUUAGAUUUCUGAAAGUUUUCGAAAAGAGUAAUUACAACAGCGUCAAAUGGGUACGGUACAUGACCAAAGCAGGAAGUUAUCAAAUUAGGAGCCUGCCUCCCUUUCGUGACCCGUUGGCCUAA